UUUGCAUCAGAACCAUUUGUCCAUUUGCUUCCCCAAAGCCAUUCACAGGUUGGCCAGGUUCCACGGUGCAGGAUCAACGUGGUUACUUAACUCCUCAAAGUCAAAGAAGCAGAUUCGGGCUUCAUAAUAUUCCAAGAACCCCUUACUCCAGAACAAUCUAUUCCAAAACUAAAUCCAAGCUGGCUCUUGUACGAGACAAGAGUGACGGUUUCCUGAGUGGUUCAUUCUCUCCCCUGCAGCGAUCACAAACUCCUGCAUAUGGCCAGUUGAGGAGCAAUAUAAUGGAUAAUGGUCAUGGAUCUGUGGGACCCAUUCACAGGGUUCGGCAUAAGGACACUGCAGAAACUCCAUCCAGAGGAUCUGUUUAUUCUCAUUCAUCAUUGAAUGGUUCUUUUCCAGUAGUAAAUUCCAAUAUUUCCAAAGGUCUAUCUCCUUCUAUCAAGAGGAAUAUGGAACAAGGAGGCACUAGGAGCUCUUCAGUUUUCCAGCCGGUAGAUAAAAAUAGAAUCUCUGAAAUGGGUAUGCCACCUGUUCAUCCUCAUUCCAGCCAGAUGGUUAGGACAAUAUUGGAUCACCUUGACCGAACUCUAGCGACUCCGAAGGAGAAGUCAGAGGAGUUAAAGAUAGCUACUUCAUGGAAAAUAGCUCAGUCUUCGGAUGCUAAUGCUUCUGUUUUAACGGGGCACAACAGUAUGCCAAAUUUAGGACUUGAUUAUUCUAAAAGCAAGGAUAAAAUCAACAGUAGAAGCCCUGCUCCCUGGAAUGAAAAGUCAGUUUUUAUGGCUUCUCCAGAGAGUAACGUGAAGAAAACAAAUUCUACUUCAGAUUUAAAAGUUGAUCGGACUGUUACAGUGUUAGGCAGUAAUGCAGGGUCGACAAUAGAUAGUGGAAAAACUCAGGAUUCACAAAUGAAGACCGCACACAAGGAUCUUCCAAAGUUCACUGGUGUUCAAGUGUUUGAGGCUGCCGCAUCCGAGGAUCUACAAAAGCCUUCAUCAAAUUCUUCAGGAAAUAAACCCGUUUUGGCUUCUAUUUCUGUCACCAAGCCUGAGCAAAGGUGGACGUUUACUUCGGAUAAUAGCACCAGUUUCACUUUCCCUUUUUCUGCAUCUUUGGGUGUGUCUUCUGAGCCGCCAACACCAACCAUCGUACCAUCAAUAUUGGGUAGCAGUCAGCAUCAACCCAAAGAGGAGCUUACAGGACCUACAUAUACAUUUGGAUUGAACAGAUCUUCCUCUGCCGUUGUUUUUUCUUUCCCUUCGACAAGCAGUGCCCCAAACCACAUCGAUGCUUCAGAUAUUACCUUCAACUUUGGAUCUGAUGGGUCAUCAAGAAUAUCUUUCAGUUCUAUCGGAAAAAACACCACAUUGCCAUUGACACAGAUAUCCAUAUUCUUAUUUUCCUACUGUAGCAAGUUGGACUCCAGAUUUCAUCAGGCAAAGAGUUGUCUAAAGCUGAAACUUGGUUGGAUAUAGUGUUAGAACAUAGUGCUCCUUUGGUUAUACUUCAAA